AUGAGAAUGCUCGAGACAACCCUUUCGCUGAAUGAUGAGGCCACGAGCUCUCAGGUCUCUCUCGACGUAGCCUAUGCCAAGAUUCAAAAGCUGAAGGCCAAGAAUGAGAAAUUAAAGUGCGACAUCUUUAACCAUGAGUCAAGGUUCGAGGCCCAAGUUCGACUUCUCAAGGAUCUAAAUGAGUUGAGGCCUCAACUGGAGGCCCUACUAAAGAGAAUGAGCGCCUGGUCGCCCGAACGAAGGAGUUGGAAGGGAUCACUUCCCCGGACGAGGAGGAAACCGAUACAAAGAAGGGCAUGGCAUCCAGGGCAGAGUUGA